GCGCCCGCCCCUCGCCCCGCCCCGCGCGCGGGGAGCCUGGCCGCAGCCUCACCUGCCGCCCGGAGGGGGCGGGCAUUGUUCGCCAGCUGCCGCCACCGCUGCCCCGCCGGGGGCAUGGGGGCCGCCCGGCGCCCCGGGCCGGGCCUGGCGAGGCCGUGGCGCCGCCGCUGAGCCGGGCCCCGCGGCAGCCGGGCGGCGCAGGUGAGGCCGGCCGCGCCAUGGUGGACCCGGUGGGCUUCGCCGAGGCGUGGAAGGCGCAGUUCCCGGACUCGGAGCCGCCGCGCAUGGAGCUGCGCUCGGUGGGCGACAUUGAGCAGGAGCUGGAGCGCUGCAAGGCCUCCAUCCGGCGCCUGGAGCAGGAGGUGAACCAGGAGCGCUUCCGCAUGAUCUACCUGCAGACGCUGCUGGCCAAGGAGAAGAAGAGCUACGACCGACAGCGCUGGGGCUUCCGGCGCGUGGCGCAGCCCCCCGACGGCGCCGCCGAGCCCCGCGCGCCGCGACCCCAGCCCGCGCCAGCCGACUGCGCCGACCCGCCGCCCGCCGACGAGCCCGAGGCCCGGCUCGACGGCAAGGGCUCCCCGGGCAAGGCCAGGCCCGCGGCCACGCGCAGGCCCGGGGCCUCCGCUCCCGCGGACCGCGACGACCGCGGGCCCCCCACCAGCGUGGCGGCCCUGCGUUCCAAUUUCGAGAGGAUCCGCAAGGGCCCCGUCCAGCCGGCGGCGGCGGACGCCGAGAAACCCUUCUACGUGAACGUCGAGUUCCACCACGAGCGCGGUCUGGUGAAGGUCAACGACAAAGACGUGUCGGACCGCAUAAGCUCCCUGGGCAGCCAGGCCAUGCAGAUGGAGCGCAAGAAGUCCCAGCAGGGCGCUGGGCCCGGCCCUGAGGACCCGCCCAGGCCCUCCUACCGCGGGCGCCUCUCCGAGAGCAGCUGCGGCCUCGACGGCGACUUUGAGGACGUGGAGCUGAACCCGCGCUUCCUGAAGGACAACCUGAUCAACGCCAAUGGCGGCGGCAGGCCCCCCUGGCCGCCCCUGGAGUACCAGCCCUACCAGAGCAUCUAUGUCGGGGGCAUGAUGGUGGAAGGGGAGGGCAAGGGCUCGCUCCAGCGCAGCCAGAGCAUCUCGGAGCAGGAGAAGCGCCUUACCUGGCCCCGGAGGUCCUACUCCCCUCGGAGCUUUGAGGACAGCGGAGGCGGCUACACCCCGGACUGCAGCUCCAACGAGAACCUCACGUCCAGCGAGGAGGACUUCUCCUCGGGCCAGUCCAGCCGCGUGUCCCCGAGCCCCACCACCUACCGCACGUUCCGGGACAAGAGCCGCUCACCCUCGCAGAACUCCCAGCAAUCCUUCGACAGCAGCAGCCCCCCCACGCCCCAGUGCCAGAAGCGGCACCGGCAGGGACCGGUGGUCGUGUCCGAGGCCACCAUCGUGGGCGUCCGCAAGACGGGGCAGAUCUGGCCCAGCGAUGGGGACAGCUUGUCCAGCAGGCUGCUUCAAGACGGCACCUUCCAUGGAGACGCAGGGACACUCAGCUGGGAGAGGCCUGCAUCCUGUUUCCUGGCCCUGCACCUAGGUCAGCAGGAUCAGGUCGGAUCCCACAGACAAGAUGCACCAUUCGGGACGCCGCCGGGGUACAGCUGUGCCACGGACCGGGCCGAGGAGCAGCGCCGGCACCAGGACGGGCUGCCCUACAUGGAUGACUCACCCUCCUCCUCGCCCCACCUCGGCAGCAAGGGCAGGGGCAGCCAGGACGCACCGGAGUCCACCAAAGUGAGUGAGCUGGACUUGGAAAAGGGCUCGGAGAUGAGGAAAUGGGUCCUGUCUGGAAUCCUGGCUAGCGAGGAGACUUACCUGAGCCACCUGGAGGCGCUGCUGCUGCCCAUGAAACCUUUGAAGGCUGCUGCCACCACCUCUCAGCCGGUGCUGACGAGCCAGCAGAUCGAGACCAUCUUCUUCAAAGUGCCUGAGCUCUAUGAGAUCCACAAGGAGUUCUACGAUGGGCUCCUCCCCCGCCUGCAGCAGUGGAGCCACCAGCAGCGCGUGGGCGACCUAUUCCAGAAGCUGGCCAGCCAGCUGGGUGUGUACCGGGCCUUUGUGGACAACUACGGAGUUGCCAUGGAAACGGCUGAGAAGUGCUGUCAGGCCAACGCUCAGUUUGCAGAAAUCUCUGAGAACCUGAGAGCCAGAAGCAACAAGGAUGCCAAGGACCAAACGACCAAGAACUCUCUGGAAACCCUGCUCUACAAGCCUGUGGACCGGGUCACGAGGAGCACGCUGGUCCUGCAUGACUUGCUGAAACACACCCCCUCUGGCCACCCCGACCACCUGCUGCUGCAAGAUGCCCUCCGCAUCUCGCAGAACUUCCUGUCCAGCAUUAACGAGGAGAUCACGCCCCGCCGGCAGUCCAUGACCGUGAAGAAGGGAGAGCACCGGCAGCUGCUGAAGGACAGCUUCAUGGUGGAGCUGGUGGAGGGGGCCCGCAAGCUGCGGCACGUCUUCCUCUUCACUGACCUGCUCCUGUGCACCAAGCUCAAGAAGCAGAGCGGAGGCAAAACGCAGCAAUACGACUGCAAAUGGUACAUCCCGCUCACGGAUCUCAGCUUCCAGACAGUAGACGACUCGGAGGCCGCACCCAACAUCCCCCUGGUGCUGGAUGAGGAGCUGGAUGCCAUGAAGAUCAAGAUCUCCCAGAUCAAGAGUGACAUCCAGAGAGAGAAGAGAGCGAACAAGGGCAGCAAGGCCAUCGAGAGGCUGAGGAAGAAGCUCUCGGAGCAGGAGUCGCUGCUCUUGCUCAUGUCCCCCAGCAUGGCCUUCCGCGUGCACAGCCGCAACGGCAAGAGUUACACGUUCCUGAUCUCGUCCGACUAUGAGCGGGCCGAGUGGAGGGAGAACAUCCGGGAGCAGCAGAAGAAAUGUUUCAAGAGUUUCUCCCUGACGUCCGUGGAGCUGCAGAUGCUGACCAACUCGUGCGUCAAGCUUCAGACCGUCCACAGCAUCCCACUGACCAUCAACAAAGAAGGAGGACGGACGCUCACCUCUCUGGUCUCUCGCACAGAUGAUGAAUCUCCCGGGCUCUACGGGUUCCUGAAUGUCAUCGUCCACUCCGCCACUGGCUUUAAGCAGAGUUCUAGUCUGUACUGCACCCUGGAGGUGGAUUCCUUUGGCUACUUUGUAAAUAAAGCCAAGACACGCGUCUACAGGGACACAGCUGAGCCCAACUGGAAUGAGGAGUUUGAGAUCGAGCUGGAAGGCUCACAGACCUUGAGGAUACUGUGCUACGAGAAGUGUUACAACAAAAGCAAGAUCACCAAGGAGGACGGCGAGAGUGCAGACAGGAUCAUGGGGAAGGGCCAGGUACAGCCCAGGAGAGAGCGUGCCAGCCUUGAGUGUUGUUUGGGGCUGGACGGAACCGAGCCGCGGCCUCACCGCUGUGUUAUUCUCAUGCUGCUUCCGCUCUGCUCAGCACGCUCUGUUUGUUGGAGCCGAGCCAGCCUGGGGACUGUCUUCCCACUGGAGCCGCCCGGGCAGCGCCGUGGCCCAGACUGCAGGGGCGGGGCUUCCCGAGAAGCCUGGUCAAAAGGCGGAGGAGGCCGGGAGCUCGCCGCACUGCUGCCCAUCGCGCUCCUGCCCUGCCACGCUCCUGUCCAUUGCGCUUCUGUCCAUCACACCCCUGCCCUGCUGCCAGCCCCUCGAGCAGCAGGGCUGAGGAUGCGAGAGACGCCGUGUGCAGCCGCCCUGCAGGGCUUCCUGCGGUACCUCCACCCCAGCCGGGCAGGCCCGAGACAGGUGGCCUCUGUCGAAAAGCACCUAUGUGCUUGCGGCACCGCCCUGUGGACACACAUCCGAAGCCUCAUGUGCAAGAGCAAGCUGGACCCCCAGGCCCUGCAGGACAGAGAGUGGCAGCGGACCAUCAUCGCCAUGAAUGGGAUUGAAGUGAAGCUGUCAGUCAAGUUCACCAGCAGAGAGUUCAGCUUGAAGAGGAUGCCUUCCCGAAAACAGACGGGCGUCUUCGGCGUCAAGAUCGCCGUGGUCACCAAGAGGGAGCGUUCCAAGGUGCCCUACAUCGUGCGCCAGUGCGUGGAGGAGAUCGAACGCCGGGGCAUGGAGGAAGUGGGCAUCUACCGCGUGUCCGGAGUGGCCACCGACAUCCAGGCACUGAAGGCGGCUUUUGACGUCAACAACAAGGACGUGUCAGUGAUGAUGAGCGAGAUGGACGUGAAUGCCAUUGCUGGGACGCUGAAGCUCUACUUCCGAGAGCUGCCUGAGCCCCUCUUUACCGACGAGUUCUACCCCAACUUCGCCGAGGGCAUCGCUCUCUCAGACCCCGUGGCAAAGGAGAGCUGCAUGCUUAACCUGCUGCUGUCACUCCCGGAGGCCAACCUGCUGACAUUCCUCUUCCUUCUGGACCACCUGAAAAGGGUGGCAGAAAAGGAGACAGUGAACAAGAUGUCCCUGCACAACCUCGCCACGGUGUUCGGCCCCACGCUGCUCCGGCCCUCAGACAAGGAGAGCAAGCUCCCUGCCAACCCCAGCCAACCCAUCUCCAUGACCGACAGCUGGUCCCUGGAGGUCAUGUCCCAGGUCCAGGUGCUGCUGUACUUCCUGCAGCUGGAGGCCAUUCCUGCCCCAGACAGCAAGAGACAGAGCAUCCUCUUCUCCACCGAAGUCUAAAGGCCCAACUCCGCCUCCAAGAUGCCGGCAGAACGGCCUGGGAACCUCCUAGGGAAACGGGCUAUCCACAGAGCGGGAACCGAACCUUCUAGAGGAGUCAUUAGGCCACCCCCCAGGGCCAGGCUGCUGCCAAGAGACAACUACCCAAGGCAAAAGGCCAAGUGGCCUGGGCAGUUCCAGGCCCCCCUCCGGUGGGGCCUGAGAACCCUGGGCUGGCCUCAAACUGUGGUUUUCUACGCCGCCACCAGAGGGCGCCCCAAGCCAACCCUCGUGUCUCCGGUCACGGGCCUGGGCGGGACCAGGCAAAGGGAGUGGUUUUUACGAAUUUAACUUAUGAGAGUUUAAAGAUUUCUACUGGAUCACCUGUCGAGAUGCACCCUCUCCAGGGAGAAGGCAACAGGAGCAGAUUCCCUCGGUAUCGUGUCGUGAAUAAAUACUGCUGCUGCUUCGUGCCCAGGGGCCAGGCCCUGUCCAGCGUGGGUGGGGGCGUUUCGAUUUCCCAGACUUAGAAAUUCGACUCCUGUUUGUAACAGGGUUUGAAAAACUAAAUCUACACUGUGUAGCGCUUGACCCCUUUCACCUCCUUUCUUCUUUCUUUCUAGAAGAAUUUGUGCAGAAAUGGGUCUUCUUCCUGUUCUAUCCUGUUGCUUUGUUUUUGCUGAUCACGUGCCCCUCGGAAGGCAGCUCCCUGCGGAGCUGCGUAACGUCCAGCACCGGACACCAGGGGAGGGAGGCCCAGGCUGCGCACUUUAUGGCUGGUUGUCUAGGGAGAGUGAUCCUGUUCACCAUCCCGACUGCCCCGCCGGGCACGCACUCUCCUCAUCAGCUCAGAAAGGCCUUGAUCUCUGGCCUCCUCCAGCCUGUGGCCCAUCUGCCCCCAAAUCUCCCUUCCCCUAAUCGUGUCCCGCUGCCCGCCGCCCGCCGCCCCCCGCCCCGCCCCGAUCGCUUCAUUCCUCGCUCUUUGCUACACACACUGAGCAAACUUUUGUAAAGCUUUCCUCUGGGCGGCAGCUUACCGACAGCUUGUUUUAAACUUUGAUCUGAAUAGCCUUUUGAUACUUGAAUAUUUUUAAGUUUUAUACAUAGUUUCUAAUUUUUUUCCUAACAGAUUCAGAUUCCUAAUAAGAUGUUAGAAUGUACUCUGUGGACAAUCUGUGUCCCAGCGGCAUCUCGUCUUCCUCUGAGCGCCAGCUCUGUUUCCAUCAGGAGCCACUUCUGAAGUCUCCUGAGCAUCUGGAAUUGUGGGGCGGGGAUUAGGAACAGGCUGGGCCGAGGGUAGGGGCUCCCAUCCCGAAGCAGGUGGAGAGACAGAGCGCCCCAUGCUCCACACACCUGUGCGGAAGCCAGGAUGCGCCUGGUAACCCUCCUGACCAUCUGACUUGGAGGAAAGAGAACUGGGGAAACCACUAAGUAUUUUGAAGAAACAAGUCUGUGAAGAAUUCCAUCACUUUUUUCAAAAAAGGGAUGGGGGCGAGGAGAGAAGAAACUUCCAUGCUGGACUUGCAGGAAGAGAGGAUGUAGCUGAACCGGAGGAGGGAAGCGGUGGCAUGACUCAGGAAAAGGCGUUUGCUUGUCACGCGAUUAGACCAGUAACAGGUGGCACUGUCCAGGACCCUUCCCGUGUCCCUGGCGGGGUGGGAAGACUCAGCUGGUGUGUCAGCGGGCAGCUCCUGCCCGAGGUCGCGGCACACAGGGGGCCACGUGCCCCCCCCACUCUGCCCUCUGCUCGCGGACCUGCCGAGGCAGGGACGGAAAAAGAAGUCACUCGAAGGUCUUAAGUCUGCAUACUGUAUUUAUUUAGUUGUACUUUUUUCUCGUGAGGAGAGCAGACCCACCGUUUUAAAGCAGUGCUGCUCUCCUGGGGGAUGAGGGCGGGGAGCAGGGUCCUCUGUGCUUUGCAUGUCUCUGGGAUCCAUGGGUUUCCCAGGCCUCCAGUCCCUGGCCUCUUCUGGCCUGGCUUCCCAUCCCCGUCUGGCUCUGCAGGGGAAACACACUUUACUUAGAAAAGCUAGACCUGGCCCCGGUUUCUUUUUCCCUGGAGUCUCAUGAUUUGCGUCUGUCGCAUUGAAACUGGAAAGCAAUC